AUGGCCACCGAGUGGAUGUAUGCAUCAGUUGUGGGUCUUGGAGGCUGGCCAGGGGAGAGGGAGCUUCCACUUGCCUGGAGUGGGGAGCUGCAGGGCCCCCGCUUUGCAGGCCCCUGGACCCCCACCCCCCCUCCAGACUGCAACUUUGUCCCCAUCUGGGGAGGCUUGUUGAUAACCCAGCUCCCUGACAUCAGCAGUACCCUAAGGUCUUUUCAGUUUCCCAAGCCUGUCCCCAUACUCCAGCUGGCUCUCAGUGCGUCUGAGGUGGCCAGGGGACUGCCCAGUUUUAGCAAUGAAAGUCGUACGUCACGGGAAACCUCUCAGUCCUGGACAAAUCAAGAUGACAUUUUCUAUGCAUAUGCAAGCAUGUCACCAGGAGCAGAGCACAGAGGGACAACACAGCUUUUGCGCUUCCAGCUGGCUCCCAUCAAGAAGUUAGAAGGGAGCCUGCAAACACAUUUCCUGCUAUCAUCUCUCCACCCCAGAAAGACUUUCCCUGGUAGAGCUGGGGGAGGGGAGGCGGGCAGCAGGCCCCGCAGGAGGCCCUGGGCAGGAAUGAUACCCCACCUUGCCAGCACUAGAGGAGGGAGGAGGAACAGCCACGGCGCAGUCAGGUCCUGGGGGCCCUGGAAGGUGGUUGCUGAGCAGCCCGUGGGAGGCAUGGAUCCGCCAGCUCACGGCGGCAGGGGCCGCCCAAGUCCUAAUGAAAACAUCUAG